AUGGAGAGUCUUCUAAGUGCUCACUACGGUUAUGAUGUGGGCGACGCUAGAGACAAAAUGCAGGUGCUUUCCGAAACACAGAAGUGGCUUGGCAAGGAAAUUCUUCACGUUGCCAGAAUGAAGAGCCUUCUCAUCGGGCCAGAGGUACUAUUGACAUGGGGUGAAGUGCCGCUGUCUGCCAUCUGCAAAGAUAACAUUAUUAUCGACGAGAGCAACUCCAGACCGCUUGUGACCGUGAGAAUCACAGACUUCCAUGGCAAGGAGUACUACUCCUAUAUCAAGCACGACUUUAGUUUUGCUGAGAUUAUUGCCCGUAUCACAAACCUCACAUCAAUCGAAGAUUUCGACAUCGUCGAAGAUACGCAUAAUGCCGUUCAUCACAUUCGAUUCGCGGCACUCAAGACUGCCGUCGAGGGCGAGCAGUCCUGGAUUAUUCAAGGAUCUUGCUACGACCAUGCUAAGAACCCUGUAUUCAAGACAUGCGAUGCAUGCGAUAGCAAGAGAGAGUACGAUCUCGUCGGAGCUCUUGAGCACCUUCACGCUUGUCGUGCUCAUACUCAGUCGUCGGACCACCUAGUGCCCGCCACACCUCACGAGGACCCAUGUAUCGUGUGGCUCCAGAAUGCAAGGACGGCGGAGAAGGACCGUCUGUUUAAUACGUUGAUCGAAGGUUUGAUGGUCUUCAAAGAGGAUCUUGAAAGAAUUCUCGACGUGUCAAGAGAGCUGCAUCUCUUUAUUGCGAGACCAGGAAACCGACCAGAAGAGGGAUUUAAUGAGCGUGUUGGUAGCCGAGGUACUGGAAACGACAGAGACGGGAUUCCUGGCACCCAAAAUGAGACACGUGAGACGACCAACGGUUAUCCAGGUACAUCUCGCGAGGAUGGCGACCAAAAAGCCCAGGAGCAGAAGAGGAGCAUCGACCAGACUGAGGCGCCAGCUUUGCCUACCAGUCUUCUCCUUGCUUUUGAGAACAUCGUAGCGUUGUUUUCCGUCCAGGCUGGAAUUGUUUUACUGACAUCGAGAGAGAAAAACUUCAAAGGUCAUCGAAACAACCGUGUGAACAAGGCGAAGACUCGCUAUGUAUCCACCCUUAACGAGGUGAUUGCGCAUAUCGAAAGCGCAAGAGAGGACCUCAUCCUCGGUAUUACGGCCGAAAACACAAGCAGCGUUCGACUCGGUGCUGUCGGAGCCGAGUACAUUGUCGCGAUGGCCAUGGCCAACGUACAGAGAGGCGCCUUUCGUAUCGGCGCUGGGUCAUCCAAGGUACCCCUGAGCUUUUCUGGGAUCGGCGGAGAGCUACGCAGAGGAACAAGAAGGAGGGCCGUUACGUGGACGGAAGACCUAGGUGUUCUCGAUGCUGCAUCCCAAAAGCCGGGGCACAAAGUAGCGGUGCCCACGACAUCCUUGGAUCUCAUAGCCCUCUACGCAGCUCAUGCGCGUGCUCUCGACUUCAACGCAAGUCUACGUCCAAAACGCCGAGCAUUCCUGGCUAUUCGCGCACUCGAAGAGGAACUCCAGGCUCUCAAAGACCUCAACGUAACUCAGUGGCAUUGUCUUGACAACAGUAAACGCGUCUCAGAUCCCACGUCCUUCCAAGUCGUGAAUCGAGAGAGAAGAGCACGGUUUUCACUGGAACGAAAAGUGAUUGAGCGAGCCAAGGCGGAAAGACAGCGUGAGCAUGACGAGCUGCUCGCUAUGCUGCACCGAGCUGCCGAUCUGCGGGCCAGAGUAAAGGAGAGCAUUGAGGUCCUAGACGAGGGACAUGGGAAUGCCAUUCGAGUUUUUACCUUGGUCACAUUAUUUUUCCUACCCCUGUCAUUCGUCACGAGCUUCUUUGGAAUGAACACUGUGGAUAUUCGCGACAUGCCUCAGAGCUCAUGGAUGUACUGGGUAAUAGCUGCACCGAUUACGCUAUUGGUGUUGUGUUCGGCGUAUUUAUACGCGUAUAAAUGGGAGGCUAUCACGAGGCGUGUGACCAGAAAGACAUGGCUAGAUGAGGGUAAGACUUGGUGGUCGGCGUAG